CAGCGCCAUGGACCGUACUUUCUUGGCGGAUAUUCCUACGGAGGGCUUCUUGCGUACGAAAUGGCGUCUUUGUUGACAGAGCAGAACCAGAGGGUAGAAUUUGUAGCCAUGGUUGACACAUUUCCGUGGUAUUCCCGUUCACAGACUGUCAGCACUAGGCUGGCUUCCAUGCAGGAGAAUGCUAAUUCGCCACAUCGACAUAUUCAGCUUCAGUUUGAAAACUUUCUGAAAAAGCUUGCAGUAGAUUCCUUGAAGAUGGAUGCAGACGAAUAUAAACAGUUGAAAGAGGCGCACACUCAAGACUGGAUCAUAGAGGAACUACAGAAGAGGAGCUUGGAGAAAGGCAUCGCCACGUACAAUUUGAGGGCCCUCAGAGAGGCUCUUCUGAGGAACCAAAGUAUUGCCAAUAGGACACAUCAAGAAUGGCAGCCCCCUCAGGUUCGUUAUCGCGGUCCCCUCACCUUUCUCAAAAGCCAAAACGCCCGCUUCUCGCCCACGCUUCGCUCAUCGGACAGUGUCGAGGAAGUAUGGGGCCAGUUGGUCGAUGGAGGUACAACGGUGCUCGUUUGUCCUGGUGACCAUUACUCAUUGAGUGAGUUACCCAAUGCUCACGUAACAGGUAGUAUCCUAGCGACAGCCCUUGCAUUCAACUACCGCUUGUUGUUCCCGGAAUUCCCCAGACCCUCAAGAACAUUCCGUCAAAGACGAGCCGUGGAAAAACUUUGCAGCGGAGUAAAAGUAUUUCUUCACUCAAAGAAAGGAAACAAAUGGCCACACUUUGGAGAAAUAUUUUUCACCGAGGAUGCUCACAAACUUGAGUUGAGGUCAAGAAUCGAGGAAGGAGGAACGGACGAGAACGAGAAAACCAAAAAAAUAAUUGACCUGAAAGGCCUCCGCAUGGUGCAGCCAGGGCGACUCGUCUCCAGUGCCCAGAAGUAUGCCUGGCGCAAGCGAAGAAUCGGAGCUCAUCAAAGUGGGAACCUGGGACAAGUUGCGUCCGUCAUAACAGGUCGACGAGUUUACAACUUGGAAUUCACUGAUUAUUCCGAUCUAAAAGCGUUCUUUAACAUGAUAGAAGCUGUAUUUGGAGUGACAUUGUUGACUAGUUAGAACUGUAGCGGCAUACACACUCAUGACACAAAAACUUUAGUUUUAAAAGGCUACGUCAUUUGCAACUUGAAGGUCCUCUUUGUUUAAACAAAAAUUGAGCCAUUUUUCCAAAUUUCUCUUCUAACUUUCACCAUUGGCUCACCUAAGAGCUAUCUAGUGAGUUUUUACACGAUUGUGAUAAAUUUGUUGACGGCAAUCUUGAUUAGUCACAACUUUGGUGGUCCUUGUUGUUCAAUCAGGAACAGCAGAAAUGGAGCCAUUUUAGCCAUUGCUUCUGAAACAUUUAACCUUUUGCUGCAACAGUUUAGCUAGUAACCUUUUACCCAAGUAUAUUAUAAAUUUAUUUGCAGCAAACGUUCGUGAUUUGUAGGUUCUCCUUGUCAGAUUAAAAAGUAUACUAUUUCACUAUUUCUCUGACAUUUGAUCAUUUAGUGCAAGAAGUUGUCUAGUAUUUAGGUCGUUGUUUUUAUCAUUUUUAUUUAGAAAUAAUUUGUUGCUAUUAAGACGCCCUCUAAAAUUAUUGAUCAGAAUUGAUUGUUUCACUUCAAUUCUAUAAGUUUUUAACUGAUGUUUCGCUAGAUAAGUCUCUUAGACAACUCUCUUUGUUGCGUAACGUUUAUCCUUUUCAGUUGUAGAAUUUAUCAUGAUUUUCCAAUGAGCUUCAUUUUUUAGGCGUUUUGAAGCUCUCUAAGGAAAGCUAUGAAAUAGUGUAAACGUUCGCAAGCAGUGGUGGAUCUAGGGGAAGCCCCCCCCCCCCCA